UUUUAAACUGAACAAAUCGAAUCGUGUAUUUGGAUUUUAUUUGACUAAUUACGUAUAAAAAUAAAAGUAUUUAAGUAAUGUCUAAAAUUUAUUUUUAGAGACUAGCAAUGUUACCUUGACAGGCCAAAAUUACUGAGGUCGUCUGAUUAUGGUGGAAUAAUUAAUGGAACUACAAACAUGUGAUAAAAACUGCGACAAAAUAAUCAAACAAAAAAACAAAAUGUUUUGUCUUAUGGAACGAUUAUUUCCAGUAUUCAAACGAACGAUAUUUAAAAUAAAAUUUAAACAUGUAAGCAUAUUAUUUAUAAUACUUAUGACAUCACAAUUUUUCGGAUUAUUUACUCAUAUUUUUGAAGUAUCGUUCGAAGAUAACUUUUCAUAUCCAUACGAUGGUGAUGUAUCAUCAUCAGUAGAAGCUUUAAAGCACAACAAGAAUCCAGAAAUCACUCCAAUAAAUUAUUACAACUACACUUAUAUUAGUGAAAUUAAAGAACAUUGUGUUGACAAUGAUUAUCAUACAUUAAGAAUAAUAUUUAUAGUCAAAUCGGCAAUCAAUCAUUUUGAGCGUCGUAGUGCAAUAAGAAAUUCAUGGGGUCACAAAAAACGUUUCUUCGACGUACCAACACGCACGGUAUUUCUAUUGGGUAUUAAUCCAAAUAUUGAUAAGCUGUCACAAUUAAAGUUAGACGAAGAAAUAAAAAAAUAUAAAGACAUUGUUCAAGCCAAUUUUAUUGACACAUACUAUAACAAUACAAUAAAGACAAUGAUAGGUUUAAAAUGGGCAGUUAAUUAUUGUUCAAACUCAAAAUUUUAUAUGUUUGUUGAUGAUGAUAUUUAUGUAUCUGUUAAAAAUGUAUUGAGAUUUAUAAGGAACCCAACUUCUUAUCCAGAUUAUUUACAAGAUCCUAGUAGAUUGGGUGGACCACGCAAACGUGAAAUUAGUGAAUCCUAUGUGCCAAAUUAUAACUAUCGUUUGCCAAAUAAUAAUAAUAAUAAUUACAAUGAUACUACUAACGAAACCAAUACCAAUUAUCAAAGGCAUCAAUAUAGAUUAAAUGAUACUCUAAUUAAUAUAAGUAGUAAUGAUAAUAAUAACAGUAAUAAUAAUAGUAAUAGAAAUUUAAUUAGAAAUCGUAGACAAGUAUUUGAUUUUGAAUUACCAAGUGACGUAAUACUAUUUGCUGGUUACGUAUUUGUAUCAUCACCACACCGUUACAAAUCAUCUAAAUGGUAUGUCUCAUUAGACGAGUACAAAUAUGAUAUGUGGCCGCCAUAUGUUACUGCGGGUGCUUAUAUAUUAUCUAAAGAGGCACUCAUUGAUAUGUACUACACGAGUUAUUAUACUAAGCAUUUUAGAUUUGAUGAUAUUUAUUUAGGUUUAGUUGCUAAAAAGGCUGGUAUUGAACCUUUUCAUUGUGAUGAAUUUCAUUUUUAUAAAAAAGAAUAUACUAAAUAUAAUUAUAAAUAUGUUAUUACGUCACAUGGUUACGGAGAUCCUGGUGAAUUAAUGCAAGUAUGGAAUGAACAAAAAUCAUUAGGAAAUGCUUAAUUUUUUAAGUCACUAAAUCAAUUAUCAUUUAUCAUAAGCUUCUCAAAAUUUAGCUGUUUGUUACCUGAUUUUAAGGGGGAACACCACUGUGACGAUCGAAAAAAGAGGUGAUUUUCGGGAAUUUUUUUGACAGGGAAAAUAAAGGAAUUUGA